AUGGCCGGCUGCACCGAGCUCUUCCACAGCGCCUGGGACAUGAGUAGUUUGACUCGACUGCUUCGCCGACCCGAAUGCCAACAACUGGCGGCGGUUUUGUUGGCUCACGCGGGACCCACGGCCACUCCGACUCCAGGGUAUUUCGUGGAGAAUCGGCUGGGGUUCGGGGGAUUUAACCAGGAAUUCAACGGGAUCCGGGGAAAGUAAGACGAUUUUUAGCGGAUUUUUGAAGGCCUAAAGGCUUGAAAUUUAGGGUAAAAUACGAGAAAUUGAAAUGAUUUUUUUUUAUUUUUUCAAAAUUUUAAAUUUUAAAUUUCCCGCCAAAAAAUAAAAUCAAAAUUUCUUCAAUUUUUCAGAGAAAAAAAAAUGAUUUUUUGAGUUUCUCAAUGUUUGUCAUACCUAUUUCCAACGUAUUUUACAUUUUUUAAAACAGGAUUUUACAUAAUUUUAAUACUUUUUUUGUAAAAUACGACUAAAAAACGGAUAAAAAACUCUUUGUGAUGACUGAAAAAGUUUCAUCAUAAUCGUGAAUAUUCAUAAAUUAAAAGUUAAAAAUCCCAGUGACAUCUGAAAACACAAGCUAUAAUGUUGCGUAUUUUCUACGAUAUUUGAAAUUAUGCGUAUUAUAAAUGUUCAAAAAUUUGUUUUUCCCGAGAGACAGCUUGAAAUUUUUGUAAAAUACGAUCUUCCAUACGUUUGUAUUUUCUCACAAGAAGCCUGACGUUCUGAUUAAUCACCCAUUUUAUCCGAGAUUUUCAAUUUUUUACAAGAUUACUUUUGUCUUUUAUUAUGAAAAGGGGCAUCUGGUCCGUUUCCAGUUUAGUCAUCAAACUUUAUUACGCGAAUUCGCACGUUUCAAAUGGGGGUUUUACGUCUGGAAAAUAAAAAAAUACUGUUUAGUCUACGAGUUUUCUGGUCGACGAUGCCUUGGGUCGCUUUGAUUUGUAGUUGUAUGUAUCUGGGAGGCUAGAGGAAGGCUUAGAUAAAUAAUAAAAAUAAUAAGAUUAAUAAUCUCAUAGAAUAGUUUAUCACCUGUUUUAAGGCAUUUUUGCAUAUAUUAGACCAAUAAUAUCUAGAUAAAACUUACAGAACUUAUCUUACAAUAGCUAUAGGUCAAAAAAAUGGAGUUAUGUUAGCAAUAGCUAAAGUUAUAAAAAGUUGUUGUAAGAAAAAUGCAAGUAAGUCUUCGUCAAGUCUCCGCCGAGCUAGAUCUUGGUUUUUGGAGCAAGUUUUGGACUUUUCUACGUUGAAAUAGCUCAAAAAACUGAGGUUUAUAGUAGCUAAAAUUAGAUCAAGUCGUCGUAUUGGAAGUCUUGGCCAAGUCUCCGCCAAGCUUUCGUCGGGUGUCAUUUUUAUCCAAAAACUUUUUCAAGCCUCGUAGACACCUCCUACAACCUUUUCUUGGGCCCCUACCUGCUCUACGCCUCGCAGCGACCAAUUUUUUGUCGACCCGAAAAGUGCGGAUCCCUUUAAUUUUAUAUAAAUUUAGAUUAGUAGCCUGAUUUCAAAUGAACCUUGUUCCUUUAUCUUAUCGAAAAUCUUUCCCAAAAAGCAGUUUGAAAAAUCCCCUGAGGGCAAUUUAACACUGUGUGUUUUCUUUCGCGAACAUUUAGUGGAGGGGCUUUUUAAAAUACGAUUUCUUUAAGGAACGCAGAAUAUUUUUUGAAGAGGAUUUGAUUUAAAAUUCUGUUUAACCCUUUUUAUAAUUUUUUGAGAAAUUUAGAAUGGGCUCUUAAACAGUAGUCAAAAUAUAUUUUUGAAUUAACGGCUGUCAUUUCGGAUUUUUGAGCCCGAUUUUUGUGGAAGAUACGACGCACGGCAACCCAGGGAGUCUCCCGCCUCGUUUCGGCGCUUCGCCCACCUAGUAUCGGUUGAAUUCAAACGAAAUGUCAAAAAUGAAUUUUUCGUGUGGUUUUCCGACCGAAAAAUAUUUUUCGCGGAAUUAUUUUAUUUCUUUUGUGAAUUUUGACACUUCGUUUGGACGAAAUUCAAAAGUGGACGGGAGACAUUUUUGUUCUAUUUUGGGUUGCCGUGCGACGUACAGGGGAAGUACCCCCACUGCGACCCUCAGAUUUUGAUGAGACUUGGCACAAAUUUAGAAUAUUUUCUUCUUAUUUCGAGAAUCCUAACUUGGGCUUUGCAGCUACAACUGAGAUAGAUUGAAAGUCGGCGAAGAUUUGACAAUUUUUGCCGAACUUCGGCAUGAAAAGUUUCAUACCUAUUUCUACCAUAAAGCGUAAUGUUUCCACAAAAAAUUAAUUUUUUUUUCCGCGCGAAACAAGCAAACUUAUGGCCAAAAAUCGUUGAAUAUCUCGGCGGCGCCUGCAAAGCGCGAGUUAAAACUUUCAGGAAUUGAUGCUUAGUUCAUGGCCUACGUGCGUGCAAAAUUCAAAGAAAAUCUGAACAUCGCUCUUGGGGUACUUCCCUUGUUAAUUUUAUAUAAAAAAUGGCGAUUUUUUUAUGUACUAGAAUUUACAAAAUCUCCGAUUUAUCCUCAAAAUGUUGAGAGCAAAUGAGUAUAUUUGCUUUUUCAAUUUCCUAUUUCUCGUCUGCAUGUUGACAAUAGAAGUGAUUGGUGGUUUUUGAAAUGACGUCUUUUGGUGGGAGACAAUUCUGCAGGGUGAUUUUUUAAGUGUAAAUCUAUACUUGGUUCUGAUUUUUGAUCGCUUACUUUACUGUUUUCUUUACAGUAAAUGGUAAUACAUAAAAAUGGCGAAACAUAUCCACACGUAUUUUAAAAUUUCUUGAUUUUUAUUUUUCUAGCAAAAAUUUUCAAUAUAAAAAAAUUUACUAUGCAAAACUGCACUCCCAAAAAAAUAAAAAAAAAUUUAAUUUUUGAAAUAAAAAAAUCUACAAAACUAUCUAAUCCCCAGCCCUUUCAGCGGCCGAAUCUCGGCCUUCAACGGGAACGCGGGGUAUGCGAAUCGACGGGUGGACAUCAUGAGCAACGCCGCCGACCCCACCAUGCACACCUGGGCCGACGAGAACUUCACAAUGGUCGACAUCCUGGCCGAGAUGGACCAGUACGUGGACAACGAGUUCUACCCGCUGUAUGUGAGGGUCGGGAUGACGUUCAUCUUCGCGUUGUUGGCGGUCAUGGGGAUUGUGGGCAAUAUUAUGGUGAUCACGGUGGUGCUGAAGGUACCGGGAAUGGUGAGUGAAAAGUGAAAAUUUUAAUCACAAGAAAGAGGAAACGUAUUUUCCAAUUCAAAAUUUUUUAUCCUACGUUGAUAUUUUGGCGAAAAAAUUUGAAAAAUUUGUUAAAUAUGGCCUUUCUACAGGAGAAUUCGAUUACUUUACUAUAAUAUUUUUGAUUUUAAAAAAGCACAAAUUUUUUGUAGUAUCAUGGAUAGGUGUGGGUGCCAUUUUAAGAACCCCAACAAACCCCUGAAGAUUUCAACUCGCCCUUUUUGGCGGCCGACAAAAUAUUAGUCGUUCCAGAAAGUGCAUAGACUAUUCGUCGAGUGCCUCACCGUGCAAAAGACUCAUUUUUGCGGCGUGAAUUUUACUUUCUGCACCGUGGAAGUGCAAUAUCGCAGCGGCGCAAGCUUUUCUCAACGGAGUCGGCGCGAAUUUUGAGCUGACAAAAAGAAAUUGCACAAUGCAAAAUGUUUCGAAAAGAAUCGCAACAUGCAGUGUCUGGUGCAAAAAAAGACCGAAAAAAGUCUACGCACUUUCUGAAACGACUAGUAUCAGUCUGUCGGGAAAAUAAUGAACGCUCUGUCGCUGCGCCGAUGGCGUCGUUGAAGUGAGAAGAAAUUUGAUUUUGCCGUGAAACAAUUUUUUUUCGCAGCGGAGAGCGAUUUUCGAUGCGACACGGUGCUCAUUAUUUUCCCGACAGACUGAUAUUCUAAGUUCUAGAGAGAAUUCUAAAUGAGGAGAACCGGGCGAAAAAGCGUCUAAAAAAAGUUUCUAAAAAAUUUAGAAAAUUUUUUAUGCUUUUCGGCUUCUGACUGGUAAAAACAUAUUUUUUAGUAGCAAUUCUAUAGCAAUAAAAAUUAGUCAUGAUUUUUUUUUAAUUUCCUUACAACAUCCAACCAAAAAAAAUCGGAAUUCUCUGGAAAAAACACGGGCUAUUAAUCUCGAAAAUGCCUUAUAAAACCACAUUAUAGCUAUUGUCGUAUUUUACCCCCAACCUUCCCAACUUUUCAGAUCACCCCCACCAACUGCUACCUCACUUCUCUGGCGGCCUCCGAUUGUUUAUUUUUCAUCGCUUCAUUGCCGCAGGAGCUGAAUAAUCUUCAUGGGACCUCGAAACAGUACAUCUUCGGAUCGAUGGGCUGUUCCCUCCUCUCCUAUCUUCCGUAUCUUGCCAUCAACACCUCCUCGCUCUCCAUUACGGCCUUUACGAUCGAGAGAUUCAUCGGGAUCUGUCAUCCCUUGAAGGCGCGCUACAUUUGCACCGUCUCGCGGGCCAAGCUGAUCAUUGCGUUGAUCUGGAUUUUUGGCAUCACCUACAACAGCCCAUGGCUCUAUUUGGCCACUGUUAUGACCGACUCGGAAGGAGAUUACUGUAGUUUCAAGUUGGAGAGAUCAAACUGGACCUACAAGCUGAUCUAUGUCAUCGAUUUCUUGAGCUGUUAUCUGGUCCCGAUGAUUUUAUAUUUGAUGAUUUAUGCGAAAAUCACGUACACGUUGAUGAAAUGCACUGUGAAUUCGAACCAACAGCAACAGAAUAGCCAUAAAAUGCGUGAGUCUUUGGAUUUUAUUGGCAAAUCUUGAGUGAGAGGUCUAGUUUUAUUGGCAAAUCUUGAGUGAGAGGUCUAGUACAAUAUAAAUUAAUGUCCCAAAAUCAUAUUUACUGAGACAGGUUGUACGUAAAAACGGAAAAUUUUGUUUUUAAAAUAUAAAUCAGCCUUUCGUAAGAAAUAAAACUGAUAAAAAUUACAUGUUUCAAAAGAUGUUGGGUCCCGCAACGAAAACCUCAACUUGAAUUUUUCGGGGAAUUCAUCGCGAAAAUCGGUGGUUAAGAGUCCUGAAGGUUAUGUUUUUCCAUUUUUGACCUUUUUUACGCUUAUAAAUAAAAAAAUUUUGGGUCCCACCACGAAAACCUCAAGUUGAAUUUUUCGGAGAAUUCAUCGUUAAAAUCGAUGAUUAAGAGUUCUCAAGGUUCUAUUUUUGCAUUUUUGACCUUUUCCUGGCCCAAAAUAAAAAUUUUUGGGUCCCACCACGAAAACAUCAUUUUCUCUAAAACUCAAUUUCCCCUCAAAAUCUUCCUUCCUACGACUAAUUCAAGUGUUUUCAGCGAUCCAUCCAGACUCCCUGUCGCAGAACGGCACUGAAAGAUCGCAUUCCAUCACGUUCUCACCUCCAGCUUUGAAGACAAAACAAAGCAAUUCAAUUCAAAUGGACAAGAACUCCUCGAUGAAAUUGACGCUCACCAUGAGCAAUACGACCACAAUAUCGACAAAACGGCAGACGCCGCGCAGUCGGAUGCAGGUUCAAGUCAUCAAAAUGUUGGCUUUUGUGGUCAUCAUCUUCGCGGUUUGCUGGCUGCCCUACCGGGCGAUGGUCAUGUACAACUCGUUCGUGGAUGAGACUCAGAUGUUCACCAAAGCAUGGUAUGUCACUAUAACUAACUAGAACAUUAAAACUAGUAUUCUGAUUUUCAAAAAAUAAUUUUUUCCCUUCCAGGUACCUUUUCUUCGCCAAAACCCUCAUUUUCUUCAACUGUGCUAUCAACCCGAUCCUCUACAAUGUCAUGUCGGCCCGUUUCCGCAACGCCUUCAAACGGUGUUUCUGUGGCGCCGAGGAGAAGCCCAAAAGUACAGUGAAAAAGUGCACUUCCGUCUCCAAAUACCCGCUCAGAUCGGACGAUCAGAAGCCGUUUUUGCCCGGCAAUUAUCAUCGCGACUCUAUUUAUUCGUCAGGAAAACACGAGACUCUUCACGAAGUUGUAUGA